GGGAUCUUUCAAAACCUAGAAGACAAAACUCAUCUCUUUCUUCUUCAUCCCCUGAGACAUCUCUCGAUUCUUCGUACUCUCUUGUUUCGUUCGAACUCAAUCGGAUUUUCAAUUUCUGGGCGUAGUUUACAACGAACUGAUUCUUUGGUUUGAUCAAUCGGGGUGUUCUUGUAUCAAUCGAUUUUUUUUGUGUGUUUGGUUAGUUUUUAGAUUUUUUUUUUUUUUUUGUAUUUCCAUGGCCGCGGAUCUCGAUGAUUUGGAAGAAGAGAGUUCGUCUUCAUUGUCACCACCGCUUAUUCCGCCGCCUCGGUCUCCGUCUAAUCAGCCGGAGUUUUGGAUGAGAGUUGAGGAAGCAACCCGUGAAAUUAUAGAGCAGGUUCAUCCAACACUUGUCUCCGAGGAUCGACGAAGAGAUGUGAUUCUAUAUGUUCAAAAACUUAUCAGAAUCACACUUGGAUGCGAGGUACAUUCUUUUGGAUCGGUUCCAUUGAAAACGUAUCUUCCUGAUGGAGACAUUGAUCUCACUGCUUUUGGUGGGCUGUAUCAUGAGGAAGAACUGGCCGCCAAAGUUUUUGCUGUACUUGAGAGGGAAGAACAUAAUGUGUCUUCCCAUUUUGUGGUUAAGGAUGUGCAGUUAAUACGGGCUGAGGUUAAGCUUGUUAAAUGUCUGGUGCAAAACAUCGUUGUUGAUAUCUCUUUCAAUCAGAUUGGUGGGAUUUGUACUCUCUGCUUUCUCGAGAAGAUCGAUCACCUCAUUGGAAAGGACCAUCUCUUCAAGCGAAGUAUCAUACUAAUUAAAGCUUGGUGCUACUACGAGAGCCGUAUUCUCGGGGCUUUCCAUGGAUUAAUAUCAACAUAUGCUUUGGAGACAUUGGUCUUAUAUAUCUUCCAUCUGUUCCACUCAUCAUUGAAUGGUCCACUAGCAGUUCUAUACAAAUUUUUGGACUACUUCAGCAAGUUUGACUGGGAUAACUAUUGCAUUAGCCUGAAUGGUCCUGUCUGCCUUUCCUCUUUACCAGAAAUUGUUGUUGAGACUCCGGAAAAUGGGGGGGAAAAUCUUCUGCUGACCAGUGAGUUCCUCAAGGAAUGCAUGGAGAUGUACUCUGUACCAUCACGAGGAUUUGAGACAAACCAACGUGGGUUUCAAUCAAAGCAUCUUAAUAUAGUCGAUCCGCUUAAAGAAACUAACAAUCUUGGACGCAGCAUGUUUGAGAGGCCUAAGACAGUAGAUUUUGACCUGUCCCUGUCCAGAGUUUUAGCGUUACAGAAUAUUUAUGGUAACUUUUAUCGUAUACGAAGUGCAUUCACAUAUGGUGCUCGGAAGCUUGGGCAAAUUUUUAUGCAGUCAGAUGAAGCCAUAAGUUCUGAGCUUCGUAAGUUCUUCUCUAACAUGCUACUCAGGCAUGGGAGUGGCCAGAGGCCCGAUGUCCUUGAUGCUGUUCCAUUUGUAAGGUACAACAGGUACAAUGCCAUAUCACCAGCUUCCAACCAUUUCCAAGAAGGCCAAGUGGUUUAUGAAUCAGAAUCCUCCAGUUCAUCUGGUGCUACUGGAAAUGGUAGACAUGACCAAGAAGACUCGUUGGAUGCAGGAGUAAGUAUAUCGAGUACAACUGGGCAUGAAUUAAGUGGAUCACCUGGUGAAACAGCCCCAUCGGUUUCAGAGGAACGAUUUUCGGGUGACGCAAAAGACUUGGCUACUUUGAGGAUCCAAAAGCUAGAGAUUUCCGAUGAUGCAAUGAAAUCUCCGUGCCUUAGUGAUAAGGAAAGUGUCUCUCCUUUGAAUGGUAAGCAUCAUUCUUUUCAUCAGAUGAGAAAUGGAGAAGUUUUAAAUGGAAACGGGGUGGGGAAACAGCAAGAGAAUUCCUGGCUUGCUGAUUCCAGAAGAGUUAAAGAUAUACAUAGUAAUGAGAAUGAGAACGAGCAUGUUGGUCAUGAAGACCUGCCGUUUACAGGGGCAGUACCUUGGCCACAGGAGGACAUGCAUCUCCACUACUCAGGUCAUUGUGUUUCUGGCACUCCGAAUAUGCUGUCUGACCUCUCAGGCGAUUACGAGAGUCAGCUUAACAGUUUGCGAUUUGGGCGCUGGUGGUUUGAUUAUGUCCAAAAUGGUCCUAUGUCUCCACUAUCACCUCCUGGGCUGCCUCAGCUGCCGAACAACAAUUCAUGGGAAGUAAUUCGGCAUGCUCUGCCAUUCAGGCGAAAUGCGCCCACUCCAGUAAACGCCAAUGGAGUUGUUCCGAGACAGGUUUUCUUUCAUGUGAACCCUCAGAUGAUUCCAGGUCCUGGUUUUGGUAUCGAGGAAUUACCUAAGCCACGAGGAACUGGAACAUACUUCCCCAAUGCGAACCAUUACAGGGAUAGACCGUUCUCCCCAAGAGGAAGGAGCUCACACCAAGCUAGGUCGCCGCGUAACAAUGGCCGAAGCAUGGUACAGGCGCACUCAGAAAUGAAUUUUCCUGACAGAAACACUCGUGAGAGACAGCUUCAUUAUCCCAACCAAACAAAUGGUUCAUGUGAUAUGAGUCACACUGAUUCACUUGAAAGCUUUCCUGAUACCAAUGGCUCUACAAAUCAUCCAUAUGAAAAGGCUCCAGAUGUUAGGCCUACGGAGCCUCUACCAGUGGAAGUACUCUCCCCUCCUGAGGGCAGCAAGCCAAGAGAUAGCAUUGAAGGUCAUCAUAAUCGGCCGCAUCGUCCAAAAUCUAUACCCUCAUCCACACAGGAAGAUCGGGUAACGCCUACGCAGUCAUACCAUUUGACAGAUGAUCAUGAGUUCCCUCCUUUGUAGCUGUGGUCUGAAUUACAAACGCUUGCUCUCUAGACCGUUAUAGGAACAGGUAUAGUUUUCUAACUUGGUUUGUCUCCUAAGUUAUUUGUUUUUACCUCCUGCAAGAAAGAAAAAAAAAAGAAUGGAGCUGAUAUGUUUUGGGCUGUGGCUUUUUCUUGUAUGUUAUCUCUGGUGCUAUAGAAUAAUUUAUAUGUAUCUUU